CCAAUGCCAAACUCAUGAUCACUAUGACCUUUGGCCCUUGCAGUUCCACUGCUAGGACCACCUUUCCCAGAUCUCCCACCACUGACAUCCCUCCCUUUACUGUCCUUUCUCAUGCUGCAGGUCUUGGCCCAAACGUCACCUCUUCAGAUAGGCCCUUCUCGAAAUCCCUGGCUAACGCUGCCCCUUGCAUAGUCAGUCCUUCACUCUUUUUGGGCUUCAGGCAUACGAAAGUUUCAGAGAAAUGACCUGGGCAGUUCCCAUUGUUUUCAAAGGUCUGAGUUAGUUUAGAUAACAUUGCACUUUCCUGUCCUUUAUGGUUUGACAAAACAGCCAUACAGCCCUCUGGGCCCAUGGUCUUUUUAUGGUAGGUCGCAGUCACUUUGCCAGUCUUCCGUGGCCAUUGCUCUACUUACACUUUCUACUUCUGAAGUCUGCUUAUCACAGUGGCCGGAGCACGGUUGAUCUUAAUAAAUGUUAAGUAUAAGGGGGUGAAAAAAGGGGUGGGGAAGUGGUCUCUCGGUUUCAAAUGACCACCCCACUGCCCAUCUGCUCAGGCCCCAUCCAGUCUCUCCAUUGAGGCCCAAUGACAUGCUUCCUCCUCUGAGAUGCCCCCUUGGAUUUCUCCUGGCCUUCCUUCCUUGCUCCAGUUCCUGUCCAUGGGUCUACCUCUCUGCCUCUCUGCUGGGCAGAUGCCACAAACUCUCUGCUUUCUGGCUGGACCUCGGUGUGGGGAUGCACAGAAGAGGCUUCCCCAAACCUCAGCCUCCCCCCUCGUGCCUGGCACAUUCAGCAGCCACCACCACCUCCCCCCAGCAGUUCCGAUCACGCCAACAUCUGGAGCGCUGGUUGCUGGUCUGUCUGCGGCUCGGGGUGGGGAUUUGCAUACCAAGGUUGCUCUGCCCAGCCUAGGACAAUGGGGAGGAAAAAAAUACAGAUCUCACGCAUUCUGGACCAAAGGAAUCGUCAAGUGACAUUUACCAAAAGGAAGUUUGGGCUGAUGAAGAAGGCCUACGAACUGAGCGUGCUCUGCGACUGUGAGAUUGCUCUCAUCAUCUUCAACAGCGCCAAUCGCCUCUUCCAGUAUGCCAGCACGGACAUGGACCGUGUGCUCCUCAAGUACACGGAGUACAGCGAACCCCACGAGAGCCGCACCAACACCGACAUCCUCGAGACACUGAAGCGGAGGGGUGUGGGCCUUGAUGGGCCAGAGCUGGAGCCAGAGGAGGGGCCUGAGGGCCCGGGAGAGAAGCUUCGGAGGCUGGCAGGUGAUGGGGGUGACCCAGCCUUGCCCCGACCCCGGCUCUAUCCAGCAGCCCCCACCAUGCCCAGCCCAGACAUGGUAUAUGGGGCCCUGCCCCCACCAGGCUGUGACUCCAAUGGGCUUGGGGAGGCCCUGCCCGCCCAGAGCCGCCCAUCCCCCUUCAGGCCAGCAGCCCCCAAAGCUGGGCCCCCGGGCCUGGCCCAUCCUCUCUUCUCACCAAGCCACCUUGCCAGCAAGACACCGCCACCCCUGUACCUGGCAGCAGACGGGAGGAGGCCAGACCUGCCUGGAGGCCUGGCAGGGGCUCGAGGAGGACUGAGCACCUCCAGAGGCCUCUACAGUAGCCUGCAGAGUCCAUGCUCCGCCACAGCUCCAGGACCCUUCCCUUUCCUCCCAGCAGGCCCCCCAGAAUAUGGCCUGGGAGACCCCCCUCCGCCCCCCGGCUUGCUGCAGCCCCCUUCCCUGGGCCCCUGGCAGCCCUCGAGGGGUGAUGGGCCCCUAGCCGGCCUUGCCCAGCCCAGUGGGGGCCGCAGCCUGGGCGAGGAGGGUCCUCCAGCCCGCGGUGCCUCCCCACUGACCCCCCACGUCAGCAUCAAGUCCGAACGCCUCUCGCCAGCACCCGGUGGCCCCGGCGACUUUUCCAAGACCUUCCCCUACCCUUUGCUCCUGGCGCGGCCUCUGGCAGAGCCCCUGCGGCCCGGGCCCCCGCUGCGCCGGCUCCCCCCUGCAGAUGGCUGGCCCCGGUAGUGGACCCGGGCGGGUACUGGCCUUGACCCCCACCAGCCGGGCGAGGGCACGUGGACUCCCAACCUCCCUCCGAGUGUCCUCAGAGAAGACCCAAUGGAUGUGACGCCCUCCACGGUGGUCCUGGAGGAGGAAGGCUGGGCUGGAUCCAUGGUCCCGGCUCUGUCGCCCCUUCCUGAGUGUGUACCCACCAAUAAAGCACGUGGGCUCCAUGGAGGAAGUGAUCUGUCCUGCUCAGGCCAUCCCCACCCCUGCCCAGUACUACCAUCUCCUCCCCUGGGGCCUCAGUCUUGGCUUGUCUGGGUUUGGGGUUCUCCUGCCAGAAUUCCAUCCUGAGAUGAGGGUUAGGGUUGGGGUUCGGAUGGGGUAUGGGGAGAAAGUUCCUGGUGGGUGGCAGGACAGGGGCCCUGCAGGGGGCACAAAUGAACUGGU